UUUUUUUUUUUAACCCAGACCUGCUUUAUUACACGGGCAUAAACAAAGGUGCACGUUCACACUCAAACACUGGAGACAACUAACAGCCAGCAGUAUCUUGGCGGUAUUAUGUGGAUGAGUGAGAGUAGAUUCUGCAUGAUUAGAACAUGCAGAAACGUGUGUAUCUGGAUGUGUGUGCGCUCAUAAACAUAACCUGUCUCCAACAUUAGGUUCAUUCGGGACAGCACAUUUGCAGUCAUUACAGAUAACCGCUUAGCCAGACCAUUCUCCACACUUCGUUUUGCUCUAGCAGAACCAUUACCCUAACGAAUUCAUCAUUCCAGACAGAGAGAGAGAGAGAGAGAGAGAGAGAGAGAGAGAGAGGGCGCCUGGGGUAAAAUGUAUUUUGACAAAUGUGGUAUUGCAAGUGUUUCCACGGCGUGUCCGCUCUGAAUGAAGCUCCCGAGUGUUCGUAGGAAGCAUGGAGUUGGACAAAAAGGAGGAAGAAGGGGUGUGCUAGAAUCACCGACAGCUUUUCAGGACUCCAGCGACGAGCCAGCCAGCCAGUGUCUGGUGAACGUGCGUGUGCGCGUAUGUGCGCGCGCUUGUGUGCGGCCAUGCGUGUGUGUGUGUGUGUGUGUGUGGACCAGCAGCCAACACACACUUAACAUUCGUUCGCAACAUGGCGUUGAAGCGCCGAGAGACACGACGGCUCUCCCCCGACUAAUGCAGCCUUAUUGUUUGGAAAGCCAGGGGACUGUUAACCAAAGAGACCUAAACACUCACAGAGACUCCUUUACGCACCGGCGGAGACAAUAGCGGAUUCCAACGUAUGCAUGUCGCUAUAACGGUAUAGCUGGUUGUAUAGACGUACGCUGCUAUCCCACUGGUGGAAAUCAAAGGCUGUACAUGGCGGUGGAGAGUACAAUUUGGCUGUUCUGUCUUCUUUCGCUGUUUUGUGGUCCAUCCAAGCAAGAAAAGCCUGUUUCGGUGGAGCUGAGCUGCGGGGCUGGACCCAGCCAUGUAGUGUUGGAGCCAGGUUUGCCCCUCUUGCUGGACUGCAACCUUGGGGCCAGCGAUACACCUUUCAAUGUCACCUGGCUUCAGGAUGGCCAGCCUCUGCCUCUGGAUGGAGGUGACUUCCUGCAGUAUUUGGCGAAUGGAUCCCUCCUCCUGCUGCCCACCUCUAAGGAUGGCCAGCUUCCCCAGGGAGUGGAGGGGGGCUACAGCUGUGUGAGUGCCAGCGCCCUUGGAGCCCUGACCAGCCGGACUGUAAAUGUUCUCCUAGCAAGUCUGUCUAAGUUCCAUCAAGAGCCAUCACCCCAAACUGUGCCCGCUGGGGGAGCUGCCCGCUUCGAAUGCCAGAUUGAGGGAGUACCCACACCUGUUAUUACCUGGGAAAAGGACAAAGUGGCUGUCCCUGAGGAGACACGGUUUAUUUCCCUUCCUAACGGGGUGCUCCAGAUUCUGGAGGUGACCAAGGAGGAUGAGGGUGCUUACCGCUGUGUUGUGUCCAACUCUGCCAGGAAGGACAUCAGUCAUGAAGCCAUGCUCACUGUCACCACAGGCUCUACAGAAACCCUGAACAUGGUUGUGAUUGUUGCACCGCCUCAGAAUGCAACAGUCGUGCUCGGCCGUUCUGCUGUGAUGGAGUGUAUGGCACAAGGCCAGCCGAAGCCACUGGUGUCCUGGAGUAGACAAGAUGGAAAACCCAUUUCCACCGAUGUGGUCGUCCUCGCAACAAACCUGGUGAUUAGGGACACGAGGCGUCACCAUGCCGGCGUCUAUGUCUGCCGGGCCAACAAGCCCAAGACCAGAGAAUUUGUAAUUGCUGCUGCUGAGCUGCAUGUGCCUGCCCCUCCAGUGAUUCUCCAACCCCCAGAGACAGCGUCCCUGUCCCGGGGAAACACAGCCAGGUUUGUGUGCAACAGCUCUGGGGAGCCUCCUCCAGUUUUGCACUGGCUGAAGAACGGCCAGCCCAUUAAGUCCUUCAGACGGGUGAAGAGCCAAAGCCCUGGAGUCCUGCUCAUCAACCAGCUGGCACUGGAGGAUGCAGGCUACUACCAGUGCAUAGCAGACAAUGGACUGGGCACAGCCUGUGCUACUGCCAAGCUGACUGUCAUUGUGAGGGAAGGUCUGCCCAGCCCUCCUCGCCACUUGUCUGCCACACCCUACUCCAGCACGACUGCCCUGCUUACCUGGGAGAAACCUGAGUACAACUCGGACCAAAUCAUUGGCUACUCUGUGCACUGCCAACGCGCCGCAGGCUCAGAUAAUGUGGAGUACCAGUUUGCAAUGAACAACGACACCACAGAGUAUCACGUCAAAGAGCUUCUCCCCCAUACUGCCUACACAUUCUUUGUGGUGGCUUACUCUCCCAUGGGUGCCAGUCGCCCAUCCCUGCCUGUUACUGUAGAGAUGCUGGAGGACGUGCCGAGUGCACCUCCUCAGCUGUCUAUAGCCAGCACCUCCCCCACAGACAUCAGGCUGAUGUGGCAUCCAUUGUCCUCGCAGCACAGUCGAGGAGCUGUCACUCGCUACCGCAUUGAGUACAGCACCCUGGAUCAGGUCGAAAGUGUGUUCUCAGUUGAAGUCUGGGGUAAUGAGACUCAAUUCACGCUAAGAGAGCUGCAGCCCAACCAGGCCUACCGACUGAGGAUUGCAGCUGGAACGGCCGUUGGUUUUGGGGUUCCUUCUGAGUGGGCCCAGCACCAAACAUUAGCCCACUACAACCACAGUGACCACAGCAUGGUGAUAUUCGCCCCUACUGAGCUGAAAGUCAGAGCCAGAGUGAACACACUCAAUGUGACGUGGCAUCCCUCACCCAAUCACACACUGGUCUCUGGCUACAAGCUCUCCUGUCGAGAGGUUGAAACUGACAAAUCAGCCGCUGGAGAAAGGACAACACAGACCCACACCAUCAGGCUCCGUAAGAAGGCCAGGUAUCAUCUCCUCACCGGGCUGGUCCCUGACCGGCAGUAUGAGGUGAGGGUUUGGGCAUUCAACAAGCAGAUAGAUGGAGCAGCUGUUGUGUGGAAGGGAAGGACUGACAAAGCCCACGACAAAACAGUGUUAGUGCCCAUGCCCCCUCCUUUGCCCCCAAGCAGCAUCCGAGCCAUGGCCAAUAGCUCCACCUCCAUCUGGCUGCGCUGGGAGAAACCACGGUUCAGCAACGUACGGAUCAUCAACUACACAGUGCGCUGCAGCCCAGCAGGAACCACCAACGCCUCCCUGGUCUCCUAUCACACCAGCUCUGCUCAGGAGAUACUGCUCGGGGCGUUGAAGCCCUUCACCCGCUAUGAGCUGGCGGUGCAGUCUAAUGGAGUGGACGUGGUGGGACCCUUCAGCGGCACAGUGGAGGAGUCUACUCUGUCUGACCGGCCCUCCACACCUCCGGAGGAGCUGCAGCUGAGCGCUCUGGACUCCUCCACUGUGCUGGUGAGCUGGCGCCCUCCACUGGAGCCUAACGGUAUCAUCAUCAGCUACAGGAUCUUGUACAGUGGCAACCUCAGCCAGCCAGAGCACCUGUGGGAAAACCUCUCUCGGGAUGGGAGUAUUACCAGUGUGGAGGUCCAAGGUUUGUCCAGUGGCACACGUUACUUUUUUAAGUUGGGUGCAUCUACUGAGCUGGGGCAGGGGCCCUAUUCACCUGUAAAGGAUGUUCACACCCCCCUUCCAAAAUAUGAGCUGGACAUCCAUGCUGUGAUAGGCAUCAUUGUCGGCGUGUGCCUGGGACUGAUAGGCAUCCUCCUCUGCAUGUGUUUCAGCUUUCGCAAUGGCAAAUCUAGGGAGGUGUCUGGGGGCCUGGACACAGCUGUGACCCCUCAGUACAGGAGAGGAAGCAGCCCGGUUCCCUCCAACGUGCCAGAGUGCAGUGAUAGCCAUGAGCUGGAGACACUGAUGCCUCCAGCCAGCCAAGAGUCUGGUCAGCCGCUAGAAGAGGCCUCGGAGGAGCAGAGCCUGAUGGCAAGUGCUAAUCCAGGGGAGGGGGAUGAUGCCCCUGCACCUGAACCCAAGGCUGCUUGGAAUGGCUCUGUGAGUCAUAACUGGGCCAACAGAAUCACUAGAUACAGAGACACCAUAACAGAAGAAUCUCCAACACUCAUUAAUGGAGCUCUCAACAUGCUAAUUACUGAUAACGGCACGGACUUAGAAGAUCGUCUGUGUACAUCCCUGUGCAGUAACCAGGUCGAGGCAGAAGUCAUUGUUCACUCAGAGCUGUCAGACCCCGGGAGGGAGAAAGAGGAGGAGGGCAGCGAAAGGGAGAAGGAUUCUAACUCCACCAGAGGACCCUCAUUAUCAGAGGACAGAUAUUCCCCUAUGAGCCAGCCAAGCCCACCAGGAGAGGAGGACACUCUAGAAAAACUAUCACUGGCCCAAAGCCCCUUGAGUCUUCCCUCGAUAGAGUUGGUGGCCAAUCACAAGUGGGAGCUAGAAAGCAUGGGAGACAAGCCAAACGCAGACUUAGAGCCACAGCAGGACACGGGGCUAACCAAUGGUUUCCACUCCCCAAAGACGGUGCGCUCUGUGCUGAGGUCAGAGCAUCUGGAGAAUGGGGAAUCCAGACAUUGCCCUUCGGCACCAGGAAAGGCCAUCUCUGCCGGGUUGUCCCCUGCCCCCUUUGUCAGCUCCGGCCUUGUCCACUCUACCUCAGCAGCACACAGUUACCUGUGCCCGUAGCCUCUGCAUGUAGGGCAUUGGUCCCUACACACACAUACAGACAUCAGACUGAUUUUCUUUCUUUUAAGUACCCAGGAAAAAUCCCAAGGAUUAUUUUUAUGCACCUCAUUAUUGGAUUCCUUUCUCUUCCUUACAAAGUUUUUAUAGGUGUACUAUGUACUUUGAAUCCAUUUCAUACGUGUGUAUAUACAGUAUAUUUUUAGUGGUAGAGUAUUGUAUAUGGGUAUUCAUUCUCUAGCAUUGCAACCAUAUUUUCCUCUGGGUUUCUAUCCUGACCUUUAGGAAAGAAAGAUUUAACUUAACCAAGAAGAUGGAAGUGGAUUGAAGGAGGCUAUUCCCACUGUGUCGCACAUGGCUCUGUUCCACUCAGGAAUGAGAAAGCCAGGAAUGUUCUGUGAGUGAGUGAGUGAGACAGGCUAUCUUUGUGGAUGAGAGGAUCGGAGGCGCAGCUCAGUGGGUCUCCAUGGGCUUUGUCGUGUGGAUGCUACUUCACCGAGUGGCACUGAGGAGUAAGCCUUAAAGAGUAUCUGCACACUCUGAGAGUGCAGAACACCUGUGUCUCUCUCCAGCCUCCUGCUGUCUCAGGGUCCACACACACACACACACACACACACACACACACUGAAACACACACAGAAAGCUAAAGUACAGCUGAUUCCAUGGUAUCUCACAGUCACCCAUAAACACACAUUUACGCACACACAUUUCCUGACUGAAGUGUGGGGGUCUCAGGUGCCUAAUUAUUGUAGGUGCAUUUAUAACCUCUGUAUAUUUCUACAGUAUAGAUGAUUAUAUUCAGUACAAAUACAAAACAGAUGUCACCAUGAAGGAAAAACACUCAAAAUGUAAAAAGAUAAGGAGAACACAGAUUUGGUACACAUGAAGUAUUCUUUUCUAAAAUGCCAUAUAUCCAUGUGGUGUGAUUUUGUAAACCAGGCCCUCUCAGUUGAAAAGUAAAAAGUGGUUUUGCUGUUAUUCAGAUGGUGGAUAUCUCAUUUUGGAAACAAAGUAUUUACAUGUUAAUGUUGGUAUUGGUUAAAUUUUGUUGGUGGGAGAACUAGAGGAGACACAACUCAUCUGUAGACCACUCUUCUGGUUUGGCUCCCGUUUAGGGGUGCACCAAUGUAAGCCUGUGCCAUUAGUUGUCAUUUUAAACUCAGUAUAAUAUAUUUUUUUUAUGUGAUUGCCAUGUUUUUAAUUCGAGGGAAAUUCAACCUGACUCUACAAGCCUAUCUGAUUCCAGCUGUAUGAGAAAACGUCCACUAUGCUCAACUCUGCUACAGUACCAGAAACCAACAUAAGCUGACUAGAAAUGUCUGAAUUUAUCAGAUAGGAAAGGAUUUUGAUGGGAAAAAAUAAAUAAAUGUGCUCCAAUUUUUUUACAUUGACCCUAAACUGUUCAACGUAUUCUUUAUGUAUUUGAUCAGAUUGCUUUUGCAUAAUUGACUGAUAUGUGCAGCUGAGUGAGUCAGUAUUGGUUUUGGCAGUGUAAAAGGGGAACUGGUGCAUCCCUACUCCUGAUCAACAACACUACCUCAUUUCUUUUCAGGAUGGUUUCCAGUGUGGUUUUAUUAGUUUUAUGUAACUAGCAGCUUUUUAUGAUCUCUUUCUUAACUUGUCUGAUUUUACAGCCUUUGGUAUUUGCAGAAAUAAUCGUCCAACACUGACUGUACAUUCUUGUGUUACUUCAAAGAAAUGAAUGUUGCUCUAGUACAUUGCAGCUUCCUCUCUGAUCUCUGAAAGAUUGUGUCAUUAAUUUGUAUAUUACUGCUUAAUCCUCACAGAAGAAAAAAACACACAGUGUCUUUGAUAUGAAGCACCUUAAACUAGGUCCAGCCAAUUUCAUCCAAUUGCAGUUUUGGACCUGGUUCCAGUCAAACUACUGUAACUAUAGACUAGGAAAGCGUCUACUGGAAACUUGUGCCACCUGCAGGCAAUGAGUGUUACUGCUACAUGUGUUCCCUUUUUUUUACAGGUUCUGUUUCAGUGUGUGGCUGAUGUUGGAUGUUGAUGAUAUACAUCUUUACAGCGCUGACCAUUAAAGGAACGGAGAGCCGGAAAGUCCCAAAUAGAAGAAGCUUUCCGAGCUUAUUAGUUAUUUUGCUGUAAAAUCUGUUCCAAAACAGAGUAAUUGGUUAGCAGACAGCUGUGAGAGAGGAGUCGAAGGUAUGAAAUUGUCUUUUGAAUAAAGUGUGUGAACUAAUUGUCCUGUUAGCCGCUGAGCUGAGCUAACACACUGUCUGUUAACAAGUAUGUUAAUGCGGUAAGCUUUAUUGUCCCUCUACAGCAACUUUAUUGAUAAAUCUGUAUUUAGAUUUGCAAAUGUAUUCAGAUUUGUAAAUGUGUAGACAAGUCUGUAAAUGCGUACAUAGUUUUUAAAAUGUGUGGACAGAUCUGUAAAUGCAGACAUCAAUGGCUGAGGAGUAUUUGCUUAAAUAGCUGGAAAUACACACAAGUCGUCGGUUACAACUCAGGACUUUCAGUAGGCUCUUUUUACAUGUGGCUUUUGCUACACUUCUGUCGUGGCAGAGAACUGCAAAUGCCUGUGGCAGUUUGUGUGUGUGAGGUGAGAUCUGUGUGUGUGCCUCAGUAGCUGUACAGCCUACAUACCACCAGUCGGUGGUGGCGUGACAUUGCUGCUGAUCGUUUUUUUAACCUACUUUAGAUGAAACCAGUAAAAUAGCGACAUGGAGCAGUGAAUUUGAAGAACUUACUGUUUACAUAUGAGUCAAGAUUACUGAUUACUGCACAGAGCUAUGUUAAUUGACUUUGGUGAAAGUGGAUCAUAUUUUAUAUUAUAUUUUAUAUUUGUUCUCUGCCUCAUCUCUAGGUCAUUUUUUUUUACUGGUGGGCAGAUAAAAUUAGCUUUAUUAUUGCUAAAGAAUGCUAGCUAGUUAACUGUAGCUAGCUGAGCACAGUGUGAACCCCCAGUGUCUCUGUCAUCCCCAGAGCGACUGUAAAUCAGCUAUACUGUGUUCAGUGUUGUCAAACUGCCUCCAUCAGGCUGUUUGGUCCUGGUCUAUGUUCAUUUUUCAAGCUACUGUAAGUUACUCAUGCUUUCAUCAGACAGGAGUGGGUGAGGUUAAUGAGGCACACAGAGAAAUCUCUCCUCACGCACAAAUCGCCACGUGUUUUUGCCGAUCUCUGCAGAAGUGUAGCAAAGGUCAUGUGUAAAAAAGAGCCAGCUGAGAGUCCUGCCUGAGUUAUAACCGAUGAACUGUGUGUAUUUCCAGCUCUUGGAGCAAAUACUUAGACUCUCCAUAUUUAACAUUAAUAUGUUUGUCCACACAUUUUCUGAUCUAUAUACAUCUGCACAUUUACAAAUCUGAUUACGGGCACACAGAUUCUGAACACACAUUCGCAGAUUCCUGUACACAUUCACAAAUGUCAGUGCAUUAUCACAGAUUAUUUUACACAUCUACAAACCUGAUUAUUGAGAUACAGUUACAAAACUCUCCACUCACAUUUAGAAAUAGUUUUGCUAAAAUAAUGGCUCAAUACAGCAGCUUUAACAUUCUUUGCCUGUAGGAGGCAUAAUGGACAUGUCUUUAUUAACAAGAUAGUUUGUGAGUAAGUUACAGGCUGGUUCCUUUAGGUGCUUCACAUCAAAAAGACUAUUUUAAGGACUUUUUUACUUAUCACAAAACUCAUUUCAUUUAGAAAGAGCGAGGGAUGGAUGAGUGCGAUAUAAACUGUAGGUAUCUGUGUGAUUCUGAGACAAUGGCAAGUUUGCCAAUGUUGGGAUCCAUUAGUAAUAAUGAUAAUAAUAAUAAACAAUAACAUAAUAAUAUCCACUUCAAAGAUUGACAGAAUUAAGCUGAGCAUUGGGUCCAGCCCUGUUGUGUGAUGUCUCAUCUUCUCUCAGGUGGCUUUCUUUUAGUCAUCCAGCAGUGAAAAGGACACCUCUUUUUCACUGCUGCACAAACCCAUUCUAUCCUUGUUUCUACUCAUGUCCAUGCAAGUGUCAAAAUCUCACCAGCUCAACUCAAUCACAUCAGCAACAGAAAUGUAAAUGGUUGCUCAUAAUUGUGUUUUCUCUAAAACUUAUAUUGUUCUUGAUUUCCUGAACGAAAUGCAUGGUUGUUACCUCAAAGAGACUUAUUUUUUUAGCCUUGCCAUGUAUGUACUUUACUGCAAUAGCAGUCAUAUAGGGACAGAAGUGAAUGUGUUCUUUGCAAACCUGGGUCAGACAGUGAUUGGAAGGUCUUUGUGGGGGGGGGUGUCAAAAUUUCGAUUUUACCACCUGUCUGUAACAUCAUUUUUUUAUGAAAUACCUUUUUAUCAGACCUAAAAUGCAUGGCACUCACUGUACUGUGGCAAACCACAUUUAAAUGGUACAUAAAGAGCAAUUCAACAGCAAAAUUACCUAUGGAAGGAAUGUGCUGCUGCACCUCUCAGCUCACCUAUUUAAAGUGGCAACCAUAUUUUAUUCCUGGCCGCACUGCAGCUAGUGAUGUUGGAGGAGGUUUCCAUCAGCUGUUAAAAGUAAAACACCUACUGUGACAUCAUUUGGGUGAUAAUUCAGAUGUAUAGAGAGCUGUGCAGCCGCAGCUUUCUGCCCUGUGGUUUGAUGAUCAUUUGCCCUUUAUAUGCAGUGAGCUAAAGCAAACCACCAAAAGUAUGUGUACGUGUGUAUAUUUUUUAUCCAGGUUCUUUACUGAUACUGUUUAUAUCGAUACUGUUUUUCAUCAUCCUUAAAAGCCAGUAAUGUCCUUAGUCUAGAAAGAAGCAUAAUAUUCUCAAAAGCAUUCCAGUUUGAUAUCGUGAACAUACUUCUCUCAGUCCAGGUCAGACAUGAUUAGCCAUGCUACCUUAAGAAGAGACGUGCUAAAACCCCAGACUGUGUUCCUGCUGCUCUGAUAGGUUUCAUCCAGACCUGGGUUCAGUUCCUCCAUUCACUACACCAAGUGCAGGUACUGAAGCCUAAGCGGCAGAGUUUGCAAAACAGGUUGGACUAUGACAAGUGGAUGGAGGUCACUGAAUCAGGGCCUGUAAGAUAGUGUUUCAAGUAAGUUGUCAUGGAGACAAAAUUGACUUUCCAAACAUUUUCUUUUGAUUGUUUAUAUCUUAGGAGUAUAAAGCUUGUGAAGUUGUCUGUCACCCAACAUGGUCAUUUUUAUUAUGAAACAAACAGCUGUUCACCCUUCUGUGUGAAAAAAGAAAAGUCUGUUGUCACUGCCGGAAAACCACAGCCAUUUGGCAAUCAAGUAGACUAACAUAAAGUACAAAAAAAUUGCUGUGGUGCUUUUCUGCCCAGGAAGUAAAUUGUUUUCAUCACUGCACCAAUUUCUUCUGAUGGACAUUUAAAACAUUUGGAAAUAAAUUGAUUUGUGCCAGUGGGGUUUUUCAAUUUUGGGAGGGUAUUCUGUUUAGCAAAGACACUAUCACAUCUGUGAUGCAGGAAGUGGAGUGAGUGACACUGCAGCUGCCAAAAUCUAAUGUAACAUUUCAGCUAGACAUUGAAAUGGCACAGUUUAGAUGGAUUUUAGUAACAUACGGUAUUUAAAAUUAAGGCCCCCCCACAUGCAAAUGUUUCAGUUCAAUCACGCUGUGUUGCCUGUGUUUUAAGUCUUGAUGCAGUAGUGGAUUAUUAUGGUGUGUGUGGUGCUGACACAGAUGAUCUGAAAAGGGGGAUUUGCAUAAAACUUGCCUCCAGCAUAAAUAAUCCUGCGCAUGCUCUCCUUAUAGAAGCUCUAUUAACUGUUUUAACAUUUUACAUGUAACCUUUUGUUUCCAUUUGUUCAUCUUUUCAUUGGCUAGAACAUUCAGAUUUGUUUAGAGGAAAAUUACUCACCCUCAUUACUUUGAUAAUCUUUUUUAUUUCAUCCUCCUCUGUAAGGGUUUAGUUAAACAGUAUACCUCAUGUUGGUAACUUGUUUAUUUGAUUCUGAUCAGUUUCUUGAUACUGCACAUUUUGUAUCAAUUAGGACAUAUACAGAUACGCAUCCUGUUUUUUUGUGAGUCAAGUUUUUUUAUGUAGAGAAUGGGAUUGACUGUUUUGUUUUACCUCAGUGGGAGUUUUUACUCAUUACAGUGGCCUGGAUGGUCUAGUCUAGUGGUGAGGGGGUAAACAAACGGGGGGAGGAGGGGUCAGUGGAAGUCAUCUAAAUUGACUUUUACAUUGUUAUUCUUCAACAGUAGUUAUUACCUGCCAUUUUCAAGAGUUUGAAGCAUGGGUUCACCAAAAUGGUACUCAUGCUUCAAAGAGAAAUCAUAUGAGAAAAAAGCAAAGAUGUGUCUGCUUCUGAUGAAUAACAGUCUAACAGUCACUUUUCGGCAGAGUACCACUUUAACACAACCCAGGUAACUGAAGUAAUGGGCAGGGAGAAGGGCUAAAGGGAAAUCCUCCCCGGGCAGGUCAUACCUCUCAAUGCAGACAGCCAUUUCAAAAUAAUUGUCUCUUCUAUUCUCAGGUGCCGCAUCUUUGCAUAAAAAUUGUAGAGGAUCAUGCCAGCAUAUCCAGCUCAGAUACAUGUCAUUUGUUGUCAAACAAAGCCUCAUUUUGUCCUUUUGGCAAGUAAAUCAAGGAAAAACUUAUGCAUAGAUGAUAUUUUGUUUUGUACAAAUCAUUCAGUGUAUUUCUGUCUCUGGCUCUUCUCUGUACAUUCUGGUGCUUUGUGGUGAGCUGCUUCGUCCAGUGAUGUCACAUGGUUGUGCAUUAUUUUGUACGUCUUCUUCCCUAGUUUUGUGUGUACCAGCUCAGCUGUGCUUCUCAGAAUGUGUAAGCACAGACUCGGACUCUGUAGUCAUGUGCCACCAGCGACGCUCUGCAGCUACUCAGACACGUUUGUAAUCAUUGUGUGCUGAACAAGGCCUCAUCCAUGUCAAAAGACGGUACUGUAGGAGCAAAUUGUCGGAGCACUUAUAAGAUUAGCACUUGUUUUUGGGCCAGGAGCAACUUUGGACUGUCAUCUUUACAUUUCUAGAAGUGCAAUUUUCUUAGUCUGUAAAAUGACCGAUGGAUUACUCAGUGUUAGCCAUGGUGACCGUAGCCAUGAUUUGUGAUAGAAUCAUUGCUUGUUCAGAGGAAUUGUCACAGGAUAGGUAGUACUUGUGGUUUGUAGAAAUAUUUCCACUGUGUUACCAUAUGUGAAAAUGUCAAAACUCACAGCUACUCUAAGAUGUCUGUGGAAACUACUCUUCUGUAAAUAAACAUCAAAGAAAGGUGAAA